UUUUUUGUGAAAGAUGAACAAAAUAACAAACCAUAACAACAUUUUGAAGAUGUUGCUUUUCUUAUAAAAUACUCAGUAUUCUUAUUGCACUUUGUAUCAGUCAACUGUCACCACAACAGCCACUACAAAAACAUUUUUUAGGACUCUUCAUCUGAAUGUAUAAACAAGUACAUUAUGCAUAUUUAAAUUAUCAAGCAUGUUUUGAAAUGCGCAUUUUCCAAUACUGACGUCAACAAAUCUACAUGCAGAGUAUUAUAAAACUUACUUUGAAGUAAUUUUAAAUAUAAAGUUGCAAGAUGAGUAUGAAGAACUUUCAUCACUUAUUUUUGAACCAUUUGAGACAUCAGCAGACGUUUUUGAAUCAGCUGAGAGAAAUCACUGGGAUUAAUGACACCCAGAUACUACAGCAAGCCUUGAAGGACAGUAAUGGAAACUUGGAAUUGGCAGUGGCUUUCCUGACGGCAAAGAAUGCCAAGCCCCCUCAGCAGGAAGAGACAGCUUACUACCAAACCGCGCUUCCCAGCAGCGACCGGUACAUCAGUGUGGGGAGCCAGGCGGACGCAAAUGUGAUUGAUCUCACUGGAGAUGAUAAAGAUGAUCUUCAGAGAGCAAUUGCCUUGAGUUUGGCGGAAUCAAACAGGGCAUUCAGGGAGACUGGAAUAACUGAUGAGGAGCAAGCCAUUAGCAGAGUUCUUGAAGCCAGCAUAGCAGAAAACAAAGCAUGUUUAAAGAGGACACCUACAGAAGUGUGGAGGGAUUCUCGAAACCCUUAUGAUAGAAAAAGGCAGGACAGAGCUCCUGUUGGAUUAAAGAAUGUUGGCAACACUUGCUGGUUUAGUGCUGUUAUUCAGUCAUUAUUUAAUCUUUUGGAAUUUAGAAGAUUAGUUCUGAAUUACAAGCCUCCGUCAAAUGCUCAAGAUUUACCUCGAAAUCAAAAGGAGCAUCGGAAUUUGCCUUUUAUGUGUGAAUUGAGAUAUCUAUUUGCACUUCUUGUUGGUACUAAAAGGAAAUAUGUUGAUCCCUCAAGAGCAGUUGAAAUUCUUAAGGAUGCUUUCAAAUCAAGUGACUCCCAGCAGCAAGAUGUGAGUGAGUUUACACACAAAUUACUAGAUUGGUUAGAAGAUGCCUUCCAAAUGAAAGCUGAAGAGGAGACGGAUGAAGAGAAGCCAAAGAACCCCAUGGUAGAGUUGUUCUAUGGAAGAUUCUUAGCUGUGGGAGUACUUGAAGGUAAAAAAUUUGAAAAUACUGAAAUGUUUGGUCAGUACCCACUUCAGGUCAAUGGAUUCAAAGAUCUACAUGAGUGCCUAGAAGCUGCUAUGAUUGAAGGAGAAAUUGAAUCUUUACAUUCAGAGAAUUCAGGAAAAUCAGGCCAAGAGCAUUGGUUUACUGAACUACCACCCGUGUUAACAUUUGAAUUGUCAAGAUUUGAAUUUAAUCAGGCAUUGGGAAGACCAGAAAAAAUUCACAACAAAUUAGAAUUUCCUCAAGUUUUAUAUCUGGACAGAUACAUGCACAGAAAUAGAGAAAUAACAAGAAUUAAGAGGGAAGAGAUCAAGAGACUGAAGGAUUACCUUACAGUAUUACAACAAAGACUAGAAAGAUAUUUAAGCUAUGGUUCGGGUCCCAAGCGCUUUCCGUUGGUAGAUGUUCUACAGUAUGCAUUGGAAUUUGCCUCAAGUAAACCUGUUUGCACUUCUCCUGUUGAUGAUAUUGAUGCUAGUUCCCCACCUAGUGGUUCCGUACCAUCACAGGCAUUACCAAGCACAAUGGAACAACAGGGAGCUGCCUCUUCGGAAUUGCCAAGCACAUCACCUACAUCAAUAGCUGCCAUCUCAUCAAGAUCUAUGAUUCACAAACCAUUCACUCAGUCCCGAAUACCUCCAGACUUGCCCAUGCAUCCAGCACCAAGGCACAUAACGGAAGAAGAACUUUCUGUGCUGGAAAACUGUUUACAUCGCUGGAGGACAGAAAUAGAAAAUGACACCAGAGAUUUGCAGGAAAGCAUAUCCAGAAUCCAUCGAACUAUUGAACUAAUGUACUCGGACAAAUCUAUGAUCCAAGUUCCUUAUCGGUUACAUGCUGUUUUAGUUCAUGAAGGCCAAGCUAAUGCCGGGCACUACUGGGCAUACAUUUUUGAUCAUCAUGAAAACAGAUGGAUGAAAUACAAUGAUAUUGCUGUGACAAGAUCAUCAUGGGAAGAGCUAGUGAGGGACUCUUUUGGUGGUUAUAGAAAUGCCAGUGCAUACUGUUUAAUGUACAUAAAUGAUAAGGCACAAUGCUUAAUACAAGAGGAGUUUAAUAAAGAAACUGGGCAGGCCCUUGUUGGAAUAGAAACAUUACCACCGGAUUUGAGAGAUUUUGUUGAGGAAGAUAACCAGCGAUUUGAAAAAGAACUAGAAGAAUGGGAUGCGCAACUUGCCCAGAAAGCUCUGCAGGAAAAACUUUUAGCAUCUCAGAAAUUGAGGGAGUCAGAGUCUUCUGGAACAACAGCACAAGCAGGAGAACCAGAAUAUCUAGAGCAGCCAUCAAGAAGUGAUUUCUCAAAGCACUUGAAAGAAGAAACUAUUCGAACAAUUACCAAGGCAUCAAGCGAUCACGAAGAUAAAAGUCCUGAAACAGUUUUGCAGACGAAACCUGAAAGUGCUACAAGCCAACCACCUUGUAACCAGCAAGUUGUAGAGGUGGCGAUUCCUCACGUAGGGAAAUUUGUGAUUGAGUCAAAGGAGGGGGGUUAUGAUGACGAGAUCAUGAUGACACCGAACAUGCAAGGUAUUAUCAUGGCGAUAGGUAAAUCCAGGAGUAUAUAUGACAGGUGUGGCCCUGAAGCAGGGUUCUUUAAGGCAAUUAAGUUGGAAUAUUCAAGGUUGGUUAGAUUGGCCCAAGAAGAUACCCCACCAGAAACAGAUUAUCGUCUACAUCACAUAGUGGUCUACUUUAUCCAGAACCAGGCGCCAAAGAAAAUCAUUGAGAAAACAUUGCUGGAACAAUUUGGAGAUAGAAACCUGAGUUUUGAUGAAAGGUGUCACAACAUAAUGAAAGUGGCCCAAGCCAAACUUGAAAUGAUAAGACCUGAAGAAGUAAACUUGGAGGAAUAUGAGGAAUGGCAUCAGGAUUAUAGAAAAUUCAGGGAAACAACCAUGUAUCUCAUAAUUGGACUAGAAAAUUUUCAAAGAGAAAGUUAUAUAGAUUCCUUGCUGUUCCUUAUCUGUGCCUAUCAGAAUAACAAAGAACUCUUGUCCAAAGGCCCUUACAGAGGACAUGAUGAAGAGUUGAUAUCACAUUAUAGAAGAGAAUGUUUACUUGAAGAAGCUGUGGAACAUUUUAUAGAUGGAACUUCUGUUUAAGAUUAAUGAAGUAACAUUGUGAAUCAAAAUCAAUGCUUUAAAGAAUCUAAGUGGAUGCAGCAAAUGGGUCAGGAAAAUGCAGUUUGCAAUCCCAGCACCAGCAUUACAGAGCUGAGGAUACAAGCGUGGAGCUGAAUUGGAACUGAGACAAUAGGUAAAGAACUAACACACUAGUUCCUUUCAGAGAUUCCUUUGUAUCCAAAAGUUAAUCCCUAAAACACUGUUCAGGAAUUUAUUUGUAAACUAUCUCUGGGACCUCAAGACUAAAUGCACUAGUUCUAAUUGAAAUCUUGUUGCUAUGUUCUAUCAAAUGAGAUCUUUUAAUGAUGGCUAUUUAAUGCUUUAUUUUUAAAAUCAGCAGUGGAGGGUUGUCUUAUAAAAUGAAUUCAUACCCAUCCACACAUUUUUUUGCAUGCAUACCGCAUGCCACAUAAUCUGCCAGGUAGUACAUAUAUAAAACAAAGCUUAUGUAAUAAGACAAAAGUAAUAAUCUGCCCAAAUGCAUCUACCCAGAACUACACACUUAACAUUUUUGUAUUGAUGCCUCGGGACAUCUUUCUAUACUUGUGCACAUAUACAUACACAGGCAACUAUAUAUAAGCGGUUUUCAUAAGCAUAGAAAAUAUAAUAAAUGUGGACAUAUUUUAAGAAAGUAUGUAUGGAUCUACCUGUCUUACUCUCCUGUAGUAUUUGAUUCUAAGGAAAAUGUACUAUAAUUUAUAUAAUGUAGGCUGCUACUUAUGUCUGUGUAUAUUAUUUCUAUACCUUUUGUCUUUCUGCUUAAUUUCUAGAUGUAUAAUUUCUGAGCUACUGAGUAUACAAAUUAAAAAUGUUGAACUGAAUUGUCAAACUGUUCUUCACCAAAGCUACUCCAGUUUACAUUGCUACCACUAGUGUGUGAGAGUGUUUAUUCACAAGUUCAACGACAUACAAUGUUAUCAGUCAUUAAGAUUUUUCAGUAACAGCCAAAAGCUUAUUGUAUUAUUUUUAUUUUUUGUGAGAGUGAAAUACUUCAAUGUUAAUGGCUGUUUGUAUUUAUUGUGUAGCUACUUUCUUAUGCCCUUUGCACUUUUUCUUGUGGAUGUUCAUAUCUAUAAAUUUGCAGUAAUUCAUGUUAGAAAUCAUUAAUCUUUUAUUACACACAUUGCACUUUUUUGUCACUUACUUUAUUUUAAUAUUGUUUCAUGACUUUUUGUUUUUAUUCAGAUCUGAUGACCUGCUUUAUCAUUUCUGCCUUUGAUAUCAUGUUCGGAAGAGUUUUCCCUGUCCAGUAUUAUAAAAAUACCUGUGUUUUCUUCUAAUAUGUUUAUGAUUGUUUUUUAUGUCAGUCUUUAAUGCAGUUGAAAAUUAUAUUAAGGUGUGAG